AUGGCGUGCCAAUCUUACAGGAAGGAUGCGCUUUGCGGGGCAAGCCCGCGGAAGCCCUGGAGAUAUCUGGUGCGGUUUGUCGGGCGCAGGUUGAAGCAAUGCAAGAGUGGCAAGACCUCCGUGUCCAGGAAUCGGGUCAAUCGCUUCAGACGGGCAGCUGGGCUUCCACUGAAGGCAGUCGCGGAGACUUUUGAACCUCCACCGCUGUCUUGUGGAGACUACACACUGCAUCUCCGUAUGGCAGAGUCAAGCAUUGGCCUCGAGGAAUUGCACUCGCAGCUGCGAAACAAAGCAGGGCAGCAAGUUGCCUAUCUGACGGGUGUUUACAUCUACAGGGGAGGGGACGACUCCUUUCUGCAAUCGUGUGGCUGUGACUCUGCUCCUGAAGCAUUGCGAAGUCUCGCCCCCAUCCUUUUCAACGAGUUUGGCCGGCCGCUGGAUGCAUUAAAACAGCGAUGCGGCGUUCGAGCGCGGACAGCAGGUUUCUUGUGGCUAUCCUCUGUACAAGCUCCGAAUCUGGACCCCUCCAUGAAGCGGGAAUUUGCACAGAAAGUCUUCGAAUGCCUCGGAGGAGCAAUGAAACGGCUCAGCCUCGUGGUGUGCCCCUUCCAGGAAGACUUGGCUGACUUCGGCUUCCAAUCUGCUGAAAUGUCGGGAGUUCAUCUUUGUCUGUGGGAAAAGAGCAAGGAUGGCGUGCCUGCGGUGCCGGAUGCCUCGAUGGUGCCGCAAGCGCUUCCUGCUGACGUGGGUGAUGUGAUUGCGUUCGAGGCAGACGAGACUUCGUGCGAUUCCAAUGAUCUGAAUGUAUCCAAGCCGGUUCCUCUCCAGGAACAGGGCGCGAAGAUCAAACUGUCUGUAGAGCCAGAAGAUGUACCGGAAGUUCCUGCAGACGGCCCUUUGAAGGGCCAGCAGGCAUGCGCUCCAAAAGCGGAGCAGGUGCCGGUCCCUGUUUUCGUGAAGAUCGAGGCGAAAACCGCCCGAAGCCAUGGCACUGAGAGUGGCAGCACUGGUGCACAGAAACGGAAGCCAACCACUCCCACACCACCUGGAAAUGGUAAAUCGCCGGGCUCGGGCCAGAAGCGGAAGUUAAGCAUGACUCCGCCGCCUCUGCCCGAUGCGCGGCGAAGCUUUAACGUCCCUGAAGUCCCUCAGAGCCUAAGUCUCCCAUUCGGCGGUUUUGCCGAGAAGGUCGGUCCGAGCUGGUGGACUCCGCGUGUCCAACUGGCCCUGACGUAUGCUGCAGGCUUCGGGGCUGCUCUACUGAUGCUGCAGGCUGAUCAGUUUGAGAACGGUCGGCCGGGCAAAGUUUUCUGGGGAUCCAAACACCUGCCAAACAGGAUUCAGGAGCAGGGCGCGCACAAGUCUUUUCUGAGAGGGAUGGCCGAACUUGCCCGGAUCAUACACGCAGUGAAUCGCGACGCUGAACCACCAAUUGCAAGCUUGAUUAUGCAAGUGGUAUCUCCGCUGAGUUCCGUGCGUAGGAAGUUUGGCAUUGAAGAGCAACACAGGCACAGCCUGAGCCACUUCUUUGGAAAGGGUGGCCAAGUGGAGCAGGUGUUGAGUGCUAUAGUCGAUGAGGCUGAGGCCUUUUGUGCAUCUGUCACCGAAGCCGAAGACAGCACGGACACCGCUAGCGGUAAGUUGUCACAAAGUGACUGGGCUUCCUGCUAUAGGGCGCUGCCGCAAGUUGAAGCAGACAGACACAAUCUCGUUUCUUUCAGGGAGAGACUUUGUGGGACAUCUGCACGGAAGUGA